UACGCACAUUCACAAUCCAGAGCCCAAUUUUUUGCAGCUGAAAAAUCACAGCUACUUCGUUUCUACAUUAUCGCGAAAUCUUGCAAAGGUGGUGAAUAUGGCCAACAGUUUGGGAUCAUCACACAGAAAUGUCGCGCUCAAUGAAAGGAUCCUUUCAUCAAUGUCACGUAGAUCUGUUGCUGCUCACCCCUGGCAUGACUUGGAGAUUGGACCUGGUGCACCUGCAGUUUUCAACUGUGUUGUUGAAAUUAGCAAAGGCAGCAAGGUCAAGUACGAGCUUGACAAAUCAAGUGGUCUCAUAAAAGUUGAUCGUGUUCUUUACUCAUCGGUUGUUUAUCCGCACAACUAUGGUUUCAUCCCACGAACAAUCUGUGAGGAUAGUGAUCCUAUGGAUGUCCUGGUUAUAAUGCAGGAGCCCGUGUUACCUGGUUCCUUUGUACGUGCUCGUGCUCUUGGAUUGAUGCCCAUGAUUGAUCAAGGUGAAAAAGAUGACAAGAUUAUCGCAGUAUGUGCUGAUGACCCUGAGUACCGCCAUUACAAUGACAUCAAGGACCUUCCCCCACAUCGCCUUGCAGAAAUCCGUCGAUUUUUUGAGGACUACAAAAAGAAUGAGAACAAGGAAGUUGCUGUUGAAGACUUCCUACCCGCUGAGGCCGCCAUUGAAGCCAUCCAAUACUCCAUGGACCUGUAUGCAUCGUACAUUGUAGAAAGCUUAAGGCAGUAACUACCUGGAGACUAAUUACUAAAUUGGAUGGAACCACUUAGUAGUAUAAUGAGGCCGAUAAACUUCUUGCUGAAUGCCUCUGUCCAAGUUUAAUGCUUCAACUACUGAACUGUUUCAUGUGUUUCGAUGGAUCUUAUGCUCCAAAGUUCAUAACUGGAAUUCUGUGUUGCAUGCUAUUUCUGAUAUGGGAAGGGGUUCCAAGUGUGGUAUUAUACUAU